AUGCACAAAGUGAGCAAAUUGAAUUCAUCGAUUGAUAUUAUCCCUCUGCAAGGAUCGAGCGGUGAUUUUAGAUCGAGGCACAUGGACAAUAAGCACAGAAUGGAUCAGAGAUGUUUCAGGGAUCAAACGUUGAUCGCGCGUGUACAAACGUACAUGCAUGAAAAUGAGAAUAAGAUAUACAUCGAUGUCAAUGAGAUGGCAGAUGCAUUGCAAAGGCGGUACAGAGACUAUCGUAAUAAAAAACGUGCUGCAUUUCGUGGAAUGGUACGUAAGGCUUACGAUGAGCUUACAGAGAUAUUUUCAAAAAAGCCUCUGAUACGCGAAUCCUCUACAUAUGACGAUGAUGAUUUUGAGGAUGUUGAUGUUGAGUCAGAAAUGCAGCAGACUUCCAUAAAUGACAUGCUAAUACAUAUGUAUAAAAAGCAGAAUGGAAACUCGAGUGAUAAAGAAUUGAUAGAUAUCAGUAGUGAUGAUGAUGUAUCUAAAAGUGAUGAUGUAUCUAAAAAUGAUAAAGCUGGUAAAGAGGCAAAGACGCCUGAUGUAUGUAAUGUAACUGAUGAAUCUUUGAAUACAUCUUCAAUAGUUACUCCAAACACAGAAUCAGCCACUCAAAAGCCAGAAACGCCUGCUUCAGCAGAAAAGCCUGAACCAUCUGUUUCAAAUCCAGAAAUACAUGCCUCAAAAUCAGAAACACUUGCUUUAAAAUCAGAAACACCUGUGAAAUCAAAUACAUCUGUAACUCAAGUGAAACAGACACUAGUAGAAUCUACAAGGAAACGACAAAGAGACAAAGAAAAUGAUAGUGGACAGUUUUUAUUUGCAAAAAAGCAAAGAACUGUACCUGUCACAGAAACAAAAAUUACAUUUUCUAGUGUAGGAGGUAACGACAAAAUUUUGAAAACUGUUUGCAAGUUACUGGCCCACAUGAAACAUCCUGAAAUCUUCAAACAGCUUGGUAUAUCUCCACCAAGAGGAUUCUUACUUCAUGGGCCGCCUGGAUGUGGAAAGACAUUAUUGGCAUAUGCAGUUGCAGGAGAAUUAAAUAUGCCUCUACUAAAAGUAGCAGGGCCAGAGCUUGUGACUGGAGUAUCUGGUGAGAGUGAAGCUCGUAUUAGAGACUUAUUUGAGCAAGCUUUAACUCUUGCACCAUGUGUUGUUUUCUUGGAUGAAAUAGAUGCUGUUGCACCACAUAGAGCUACAGCUCAAAGGGAGAUGGAAAGGAGAAUUGUUGCACAAUUAUUAUCAAGUUUAGAUGAAUUGAAUCUAAAGGAAAAUGGAGAUAGAGUAUUAGUGAUUGGUGCAACAAAUCGACCUGAUUCAUUAGAUCCUGCUUUAAGGAGAGCAGGACGUUUUGAUCGUGAAGUGUGCCUUGGAAUACCAGACAGAGAGGCAAGAGCUAAGAUCCUGGCAGUACACACUGAAAAUGUUGUACUAGCUCCUAAUAUUAGUUUGUCAACAAUAGCUUCCCUUACUCCAGGUUUUGUAGGUGCAGAUUUGGUUGCCUUAAUUAGAGAAGCUGCUAUGGCUGCUGUAGAUAGAGUGUUCGAAGAUCUAAACAGAUCAAAACAGACAGAAAAAUUGCCGGAAAUAAUCGAAACUGAUAAGCAAUCUAAUAAGGAAGCACAGACUUUUAAAAACUUAGAGAGUUUAGCUACUACUAAUGUUGAGAGUUUAGAUACUAAUAUUACAACAGAAGCGUCUACUACAAUAGAAAAUACCUCUACAUACUUGAGAGAUUCACCUAAAAAUCCAAGCCCAGAAAUUACCGAAAUGGAUGUAAUACAAGAACAACAUUCGCCGGAUUUCUCAAACUUAUUGGCUUGGCUACGCAAUGAACCUCCACUUUCCCCAGAGUGUUUGUCAUCUUUAUGUAUUGAGCAUAGUGAUUUUGAAACUGCUUUACGUGUUGUUCAACCUUCAGCGAAAAGGGAAGGAUUUGCAACAGUUCCUGAUGUAACGUGGGAUGAUGUUGGCUCAUUACAAGAUAUACGACAAGAAUUACAAAUGGCGAUUCUUGCUCCUGUUAAACAUACUGAACACUUUAAUGCAUUAGGUUUAUCUGCUGCCAGUGGAGUACUAUUAUGUGGUCCACCUGGUUGUGGAAAAACAUUACUAGCCAAAGCUAUCGCCAAUGAAGCUGGAAUUAAUUUUAUUUCCGUUAAAGGUCCUGAACUUUUGAAUAUGUACGUUGGCGAAAGUGAAAAAGCAGUUCGUCAAUGCUUCUUAAGAGCAAAAAAUUCGAUGCCGUGUGUCAUAUUUUUCGACGAAAUAGAUGCAUUAUGUCCUAAGAGAACAGAAGGUGAUAAUUCCGCAACAUCACGCGUUGUAAAUCAAAUGCUUACGGAAAUGGACGGUGUAGAGAGUCGACAAGGAGUAUUUCUUAUGGCUGCUAGUAAUCGUCCUGACAUUAUAGAUUCAGCUGUUCUUCGACCAGGAAGACUGGACAAAAUUGUAUAUGUCGGUCUUCCGACAGCCUCAGAUCGGGUGGAUAUUUUACGUGCAAUAACAAAGAAUGGAACAAGACCAAAACUUGCUUCUAAUGUUGAUUUAAAUCAAGUGGGAUAUAAUGAUAAAUGCGAAGGUUACACUGGUGCAGACUUGGCAGCUUUAAUAAAGGAAGCUGGCAUGGAAGCAUUGAAGGAAAUAAUAGCUGGUUAUGGACAACCAGAAAUUACUAUGCAGCAUAUCUAUCAAGCGUUCGAUAAGGUGCAACCAUCUGUUCGCGAGAAGGACAUUAAAUAUUAUGAAAAAUUUAGUAAGUUAUACUCAAUUAAAAAGAAUUCCGAAGUUACGCCAAUGGAAACACCAAUAGAUGCACCAAUUGUUGAUGUAGUCAUGGAACCAAUGGAAACAUGAAGUACAAUUAUUAAAAAUUUGACAUUUAUUAAACAAUUCUUCCAUUAUCAAAUAUUUUACAUAAACUUUUACACAAAAGAGACGAAAGGUAUUCCUUUUAAUGAAAUUUAAUUUCUACAUGUUGAUAAUUCACAAGUAGCUUUAAUGUUUAUUGAUAAUCAACAAUGUUUUAAAAUGAUUUAAAACAAUAAAUUUAAAUUGUUUCAAUUUGUUUUAAUAUGCACGAUUAAGACAGACAUUGCAUGUCCUUACUUUAUAGAUACAUAAGUAUAGAAAACAUAUAUGUUUAA